GCGAGCUGUUGCUGUGCUUCGAUGUCGAGGGAAAAGUUGGAGCUCAGUCGUGCACAAACAUCCCUCAUGCUGCACUGGAGGCUCCGAGGAUCACGUUUUUUUGGGAACUGGACGCACCGCCUGGAAUGAAACGACGCGCGUAUCCUCACUGCGGAGUUUUAUGUUUUAUCCUUUUUUUUUUUAAACUUUUUAAACUGGUGUUGCUCUGACACAGCGGCCAGCGUGCGUGAGUGUCAGAUAUGUGUUUAGCCCACUCCUGAACCGACCGGGCCACCCCUUUGCAAUUGUUCCCCAUCCCCUGAACCCCGCGAAGGGGACUCGCCAGGCACAAGCUGGACAUGGCGGGCGAAAGGAAACCGCGGCUCUGCGUCAUGACAAAGGGGGAGCAGGGCUACGGCUUCCACUUGCACGGGGAGAAAGGCAAGACCGGGCAGUUCAUCCGCAAAGUGGAGGCCGGCUCGUCUGCAGAAGCGGCCGGUCUGCGCGCGGGGGACCGCCUGGUUGCGGUCAACGGCGUCAACGUGGAGAGGGAGACGCACCACCAGGUGGUGCAGCGGAUCAAGGCCUUAGACAACGAGACCAGGUUACUGGUAGUAGACCAGGAAACGCACGAAUAUCUGCGCAACUUGCGCCUCACAGCCACAGAAGAGAUGGCCAUUCCCGGAGAGGAGCCCCCGCCCCCGUUUUCGCCCCCAGAACCCCCCGGCCCCGGACCGACUUCGCUCCCGGCUUCUCCGAACAAGAACAAGCACGAGGACGGGAAGAACGGCUCUGGCGUGCUGCAGUCCAUGUUGCAGAGGAGCGAGAGCUGUCAGGUGCCCAAACACACCAGGAAGCUACCAUCGUUAGCUCUGAAGAAGGAGGUUUCCAUCCGUGCCGUAGCCCCGACCCAGGCGCAGUCCCGAUCACGUCUCCACGGCGACCCGUCGGAGCUGGCUCCGCGUCUGUGCCACUUGGUGCGCUCAAAGACGGGCUACGGUUUCAACCUCCACAGUCAUCGCUCCAGGCCGGGCCAGUACAUUCGCUCGCUGGACACGGGCUCGCCUGCGGACCAAGCUGGGCUCCGACCCCAGGACAGAAUCGUUGAGGUAAAUGGAGUGAACAUCGAGGGCAUGCGGCACUCCGAGGUAGUGGCCUUCAUUAAAAAAGGAGGCGACGAGACCUGGUUGCUGGUUGUGGAUCCGGACGCGGACGAGUACUUCAAGAUGAAGGGCAUUAUCCCAACCGUCAGCCACGUGAAAGACUACGACGGUCCCUCCAUGUCCAACGGAUCCCACAGUCCUCUCCUGAACGGCAGCUCCACUUCACAUUCCAUCCGGUCGAUGACGUCGGACAUAAGCAGCCGCAGCAACGGCACACAGGCGGGCGACGAGCUAAGCCGGUUCUCGGACCCGUUCGCGGAGAUCGGCCUGAGCGCCACGGCGGCCGAGGAAAAGCGAAAGCUCCACGCGAAAGAGAAGAGGCGGGCGCCUCAGAUGGACUGGAUGAAGAAGUACGAGCUCUUCAGCAACUACUGAAGAGACGUCGAAUCGCGUUUUUAGCAACGACAACUUGAAGAAGGAAAUUGAAGGAGCUCUGGGGACAUUUCAGCAGCAUUUCCCUACUCCAGCGGACUUACUUUUCUUUUGAAAGCUAUACAAGCAUCGUCACGGCAACGAGGAAUUUACGCAUGGUCACCGUGACGUCAACGAUUGUAGCCCUGAAGAUCGCUGUGAUAAGAGAGGACGCCCUCGGCCACAAGCGGGUUCAAAACCUCUCACAAGGACAAUUGAUGACUCGAAGGGGUUCGGCAAACUGGCAAUCGCUUUUUGUGCUGCCAUUUCACUUUUUUUUUUUUUUUUUUUUUUUUUUUUAACAUGCAGAAAACUCGCUGAAUGUGUGCAGCAGAGGGCAAACUCGCACCACAAAUCCAACACGCCCCUUGGAUUUCUUGAGGGGAUUUUCGGGGAGUCAUUAUGAACAAUUUGCCGACGACAAGAAGUGAAUAACGUUACGUUAGUCUGGGCAUAUUUAUUCCCGACUGCGGUUUAAUGUGAAAAACACGUUUAUGUGGUUGAGACUGGACGAGUAAUGGAGAAUGUAUUUUACUCGGGGGAAUUAAUAAGGAGCUGAGGCAUGCGCUGCUGAUAAAGGUAACCAGCUAUUAAGAGACAGUAUUACAAUACAAUUAUGAUUAUAAAGGCACGGCCAUACACAGGCGAAAGAGGUACUCCUCUCUAGGAAUAUAACUCAAUAAACAUAUGAUGUCAACAAUAAAAUGAUGGUAUCACAAUACAACAAUAGCAAGAUCAUCAUUAUAAGGAACUGCACAGAUUUUCAGCAGACAGCAGCAAAAGCAAUAUUUGAUUUCAAGAGAUCAUGACACAUCGUCAUAUGGAUAUAUGAUGCCAGCAUAUUAUCGUAGGAAACGACAGGAUCCAUUGCGAUAUCAAUAUUAGACGCUGUUGUGUCGGUACAAUGUUGAUAAAUAAUCGCAGGAAGUCCUGAUACGAUAUAUUGUGUUAUCGACAGCACAAUAUCAAUACUUUGUAUCAUAAUAGUCACAUCGAUAUCGAUAUCUGUUGGCUGCGUAUUGGUACAUUGUUGAAACAGCAGGUACAAUACACCGUGGAAGCAAUACUGGACAUCAGUCUGACGAUGCCGUAUCACAAGAGAUGAUACAUUGUCAUAUGCAUAUCUGUUGCCUGUAUAUUAUCAUAAGAGACGAUAGGACCCAUUGGGAUAUCAAUAUUAGACGCUGGUGGAACGGUGCAAAGUUGCUAACAUUGCCGUAUCAAUACUGUUCGCAGGAACUCCUGAUACGAUAUAUUAGCGACAGCACAGUAUCAAUACUUUGUAUCAUAAUAGUCACAUCGAUAUCGUUAUGUCAGCUGCGUAUUGAUACAUUAUUGAAAUAGCAGGCACGAUACACCGUGCAAGCAAUACUCGACAUCAGUCUAAUGAUGCAGUGUCACAAGAGGUCAUGAUACGAUAUCAAUAACUGAUGGUGACGAAUCAAUAUCACAAGAGAUGGUGAUACAGUAUCUGUAUUUCAUGCCAGUUCACUGUAUUGUAUCAUAACAGCUCACAACUUUUUACACAACAGGACUUUUUUUUUCUACUAAAUUGAGCAAUUUAAAAUGACCAAACGCCUCAAACGUUGUCGCUAAUUGGAGCGGAUCACGUAAAAACUCUCUUGGAGAUGACAAAAUCCGAGCAUAUGAAGGAACCUCGUAAAUAUAAAGGGGUAAAAUUUAGCAUUUAUCUAAACUAGGAAUGUUCGGCCGCGCUGUCACUUUGCAAAAUACUACAUGGUGAUCUCACCACAAUUACUUACUAUUGUACUUCUAGUUUAUUAGUUACAUACAUUUAGUCCAUUAAAGUUCGCACUUUUAGGCGCAAAGCAUGUACACCAUUAAAUAAAACCCACUUUUCGUAAUGAAGUUCCGGAUUGAGUACUGUUGUUUAAUGUGUACACAGUACAUCUAUGAGUAAAAAGUAUUCAGCAUCUCUAACCACAAUUAUGAGUACAUUGUGUUGAAAUGAAUCUUCCAGUGAAGGGAAACAAGGGGGGGGGGGCUUGUGAAUUAAUGUCAUAAAGGCUUGGAGGCAUUUUGAAGUCAGAGCGUCCAAGUUUAGCGCUGCUUCAGAUUGAGGGAGAAAUUUGGGAGGAUUUUAUGAAGGAUUAUUGCACGCACACACAGGAGCAGCUGCCACGCACAUGCUGGUGUGUGUCAUUUCACGUCUUGCGAUGAUUGGAUUUCAAGUGGAUCUGCAGGUUGGAAAAAAGCCAUUCAUGUGGACAGUGUACAUGUUGUUUUUUGUUUUAUUUACCCACUAGCGUUCCGAUUUGGCUCUAAACGCUUCGACAGCAAGCAAACGAUGUUACAAAGCGGACACACGCAGUAGCGUUUUCAAUAAAGUGUGGAACUGGCAUUACAGUACACUCUUUUCUUUUACUUUGGACAUACUUGAACGUUCUUGUCACGUUUUUGUCCUCCUCGACUCUUUGUCGCUCCAGAUGAGGAUUACGCCGGCGUACGGUUUCAUCCCGUUCUCAGAAUUCUCCACCAGACAGCUGCGCGUGUCGCGUAAAGGUCAAAGAUGUAUCGCGAUGCGUGUCCGCUCUCUGUUUUUGUUUUACAACCCGAGUUUGUAAUUGUUCUUAGAGACUCCGGGAGACGUAUCCAAAAACUGCUGAGACAAAUAAUGUGCUCUAAGUACCAAAAAAGUAAAACUAUCAACACAGAGUGGGAAAUCCAUUUGGGGUCUAGAUGAACCUUAACCUUGUAUUACUUAUCGUGGUAAGAGAUAAAACCCACAAAUAAAUAUCUAAUGUGAUGCAAUAUGGCAGACAAAUAAAAAAAAACUCCAAACGUUAAAUGGGAUUUUCCAGCCAAGUACGCAAUCUGGAUCUAAUCUAGACGAAACCUUGUUUGACUUUCCACGUGCACAUUAGUUUGUACAAAGUCGAAUUUUUGACUCCAUUCCUCAUUGUUAGGCCGACUACAAAAGAUUUUUUUUUUUUCAAAGAUAAUUUUUGCAACUUCAUUCAUGUGCGGCUGGUCACAAGAUCAUUCCGAUCAAUUAUUAAUAAACUAAAUGUGAAUCUAUAUAUUACUGUAUAUAAAAAAAGACAACGAAAAAAACAUUUACUUUAUAAAACCAUUGUUUGUGGGAUUUCAAAUUUAAUGUAACUACCAAUGGACCUAAAACGAAUGCCAUCGUCAGAAAAUUUAAAAAUUGAAUUUUUUUUCUGUGUUAGAGGAAAAUUGUAAAAGGUUAGCAUAUUGUGACCAUACCUUAAUCUACUUUUCUUCUGUACAACAUGCAGUGAAGCACAAAAGAUAACUCGUCUAAAAACACAUAAAAGCUCAAAUAAAAUGUUCAGAAAUGCACCACUCCCUCAAAGCCCUCCAUCCAUCCAUUUUCUUCACCGCUUAUCCUCACGAGGGUCGCGGGAAGUCCUGGAGCCUAUCCCACCUGUCAACGGGCAGGAGGCGGGCCCUGAACUGGUUGCCAGCCAAUCACAGGGCACAUUGAGAAAAACAGCCGCACUCACAAUCACACCUAGGGGCAAUUUAGAGUGUCCAAUCAAUGUUGCAUAUUUAUGGGACAUGAGAGGAAACUGGAGCACCCGGAGGAAACCCGCGCAGGCACGGGGAGAUUAUGCAAACUCCACACAGGCGGGGCCGGGACCGAACCCGGGUCCUCAGAACUGUGAGGCCAACGCUUUAGCAGGUGAUCCACCGUGCCGCCCCCUCAAAGACCUGAAUUUCUUAAUUAAAUUGCCAAUGUCCGCUUUGUCACUAUCUAUUACUGAAUUAUGUAAAGGCAACCAUGGAAAAGUUUAGUUAUGAGUAGACUCUAAAUUGUAUAGAUGGGUGUGAAAUUUGUGAUGGUGAAGGUCGUUUCGAGCGAUUGGCCGGCUGACCGGGAUGCAGCUCGCCACUCGCCCAAAAGUCCGCUAGAAAUGUCACUAAACUGCUCCAGAAAAUGUUAAUUUAUUACAGUGUAUUGAUGAUUUAUGCCAGAGACACACAGUGAGGCGUCUUGAAGAUAAAACCCUGCUAAAAAAUUUCGAUAGAAACAUUUUUGUUCUGUAGAAAUUCUAUAGAAAAUCACAGCAAAAUUUCUACAGAAGUUGUUCUGCACAAAUUCUAUAGAAUUGUAGAAUUUCCAUAGAAUUUUUUUUGCACGGAAGAGAAAAUAAUUACUCCACUAGGUGGUGCAUCCUCUGCGUUUUGCUUCCAGGAAGUAGGCCUAACCUCUCCCGAAACACCGUUGUGUGGGAAGCCAUAUGUAACCCUUUUGUCAAAUUGUCGUGGCGCACGUGAUCGCGCGCCCCGGAGGUGACGCUAAGGUCAAAACUGUGACGUUCGCAGGACACAAGGCCCCCUUUUAAAGCGGGCCGCAAUUUCCCAGCAGUAAAAGCGCCGAGAAAGACAGCAUAGAAAAGAACCCCAGGUGGUCGCUCUUGUGCUUAGCCUGCGUCAACCCAGGCAGAUAUUUCUACUUACAACUGAUGAAAGAUGAUUUGUCUUUUUCCAACCCAGCUUUUUAUCGGUUUCUGUCAUUAUUUCAACCUCUCUUUCUUCUCCGCGUAAGUGGGUUAGUGCUUCCAUAACUUUGCUAAUGACUUCACUAAUAAAAACAUGCUAGAUUAGCUUACCAUAGCAAUGGGUCGGGGGGAAUAGAAACUUUUGUGUUCGUUUAGAUUUGAAACCAGAGAAUCCUAAACUGGCACAAGACACAUUUUCCACAAAUCAUUCGAGCAAUGUUGUCAUUUUUGGAGCUUAUUUUGACAAAGUCAGGAGUAUAAAGUACCGAUGUUUUCAAAUAUACGUAGUUGAAGUAUUAAAAAAAAAAAGUACAACUACUAAAGUAACACGGUAUUUGUACUUGGUUUCUUACUACCACUGGUUCUCAGUAUGUGUAGGCCACAUAGUCCCACCCAACCCAGGCGUGCCACCCAUUGAGCAGUGCCAGGGCUGCCCAGGAUGCAGCGGUGCCCGCAAAAAAAAAAAAAAAAAAAAGGCCAGAGGGGAGGGAAACCGAGGGCGAGCGUCCCCAUGGCAACUGUAUGUUUUUGUUAGCGCCCGUGAGUCAGGCAAGCAGUGAGUCACAGUCAGGAGGAAACACACACAUACACUCGGGCGCAUUCAUACUCCCACUUAGUCAAAGGGAUGCCAAAUAAGGACGGUUGCAACAACGUGCACGGAAGGGGCGAACGUGAGGGCAGAAGUAACCGGUUAAGAAUUGGUUCAAAGAACGGGAGUUUCCAACAAAGACACCGCAACGCUGCAGUUCAUUUGCCGGGCCUGAGGUGGCGUGGUCACGUUGCCAAAUACUCAAAAGGAAGCAAGAAAAGGGAUCGUUGCAACGAUCGUUGGUACGAUAUCCGCUUCAAAACAAAAGCCCAAAUCACGGCGAAGGAAAACAACAUCUGCCACAAUGAUUCACCGUUGUUGUUGUUUUUGCCAAAGUCAGCACACAGUUACAUGAAAACUGAGACAACCAUGUUAUCAUCUCAGGAAGAAUUAGUAUUUGUUCUCCACAUAGGACCUGAACACGU